UGCGCUCUCGCCCUGUUCCUGAGCGCCCACACCGUGCCUCGGACAGGGGAGGGAGGGAGGAGUCGCGGAGAGGGGAGGUGGAUAGAUAGAGAGAGCGUGUGUUUAUGUCUCAGUGUGUGACAAAUAAGAGGGAAAAAGAGGGUAGCGCUUGGGCACACAACAAAGCGCCCGGCUGACUGACUGACGCGUAGGGUGCACAGAUCCGGAGAGGCAGUCCACUCCCAGGGAUGACAACACGCCACAGGAUCUACUUUCAACCCACUGUGUGUUUAAACCUGAAAGUUUUUGCCCGGUGGUAGAGGAGAGGACGUCUGCUGUCAACUUCUCGACGAACACAAGAGUUUGUUUUUUUUUGCCUGCGAAAAUGCAGAGACCGGGCGGUCAAGGGACCGCGUUCUCAAUCGAUUCCCUGAUAGGGACCCCUCAGCCCAGACCGGGACACCUGCUCUACACGGGCUACCCCAUGUUCAUGCCGUACAGACCUCUGGUCAUCCCGCAAGCUUUAUCCCACUCGCCUUUAUCGUCCGGUAUACCUCCACUGGCGCCGCUGGCUUCGUUCGCGGGGAGGCUCACCAACACGUUCUGCGCAAGUUUGGGGCAGGGAGUGCCCUCCAUGGUCGCGCUCACCACCACGAUGCCGAGUUUUUCGGAUCCCCCGGACAGUUUCUACCCACCGCAGGAACUGCCCGGUCCCAGGCUAAGCGCCGCAGACCCGGGGGCGAGGAGGCAGGAGAGUCCGCACUCUGAAGAACUGCACAGCCGGGACAAGAGCUCCGACCUGCUGAACUUCUCAGAAACUUUCCAAACAAUAUCAGGUGAGACCAAACUGUACAGCUCGGACGACGAGAAGCUGGACCUAAAAUCCGCAGACGCCGUCUGCAGCGACCGGGAGGACAGCUCCGCGGACAGCGAGAACGAAAGUUUCUCGGACGGGAACAACUGCGGCUCCCUGUCCCAGAAGAGCAAACUGAAAACGGGCUCUCAGGAGGCGCUGCCCACCGGCAGCUCGGCGGGGAAGAGCCGGCGGAGACGAACGGCUUUCACCAGCGAGCAGCUGCUGGAGCUGGAGAAGGAGUUCCACUGUAAAAAAUACCUCUCCCUCACCGAACGCUCGCAGAUCGCGCACGCACUCAAACUGAGCGAGGUGCAGGUGAAGAUCUGGUUUCAGAACCGCAGGGCCAAGUGGAAACGGAUCAAAGCCGGCAACGUCAACAACCGGUCGGGAGAACCGGUGAGGAAUCCCAAAAUCGUGGUUCCCAUCCCGGUGCACGUCAACAGGUUCGCCGUGAGGAGUCAGCACCAACAAAUAGAGCAGGGGACCAGACCGUGAACUCAGACGAAAAAAAAAUCAGAAAAUAUGAAUAAUAUAAACACUUAUAGUGACUCUUCUACAGAUUUUUUUUUUCUCGAACGCAUGAAGCACAAAAAGGAGGAUUGAGUUUUUUUCUUUCUUUCUUUCUGAGAGGUGAGAUUGUGGACUUGCUCACAAACAGUCAAGUCUUUGGCAAUAUGUUGUCAUCGUUAUUUAUUAUCAUGUGGAUAUGUAAAUAUUGGGUUUAAAAAAACAAGAUACAAAUGGGCACUAAGAGAUGUAACUGUAAAUAUUUUCUAAGUAUUUAUAUGUAGGGCCAAAACGUUCUGUUGUUUCUGUGCAUGUCCUCAUUUGGUGAACAAAUUCUUGAUUUUAUGUUUCGUACGAUUUGUUGACCACGUUUGCAUGUAAUUGAAGAUGUUUUACAUUUUGUUUGGCAGGUGUAGGAAGCACCUUGGAGAGCUAUUUGUGGGGGACAAAUAUGUGAAGGAAAUAACGAACCAACAAGGGACAACUGUAAAAUACAAUUGACCUAAUAAAUCGCUUUAUAC